CACACAUAUAUAUAUAUACGCACGAAGCGGAAUUGAGAGAGAGAGGAGAACCCCAGAGUCCCUUUUGUCGAGAAGCUUCGCCACCGCCUUCCAUAGCAGUCUUCUGAACAAAGCCCUAACCUUUAAGAAAUCACGUGCGGCUCUGGUUUCCUUUUAAUCAUCUCGACUCUCAGAUUUUUCGAUCCCAGAUUUCGUCGUGCGAACCCUAGAUUCGGCUCCCAGUACCUUCAGUAAUUUUUCGAAGAUGCAAGAUUCGAGGACGCCGCCAUUCUCAGAGAACGCUUAUAGCUCUUCCGUCUCAAGGAGGAAGAAGAAAUCUUCAGCUGGGAAACAGCCCUUGUCCCAGUUCCCAGUGAACGAUGAUGCCCAACCUUCUCGGAACAAGGCUUCGAAAAGGAAUCAUCGUCAACCCGAGAUACCUAAUUCGGAUUCCUUGCCUGGCGACGAGUACCGAGCACUGAGGCGCAGGUAUUUACUGCUGGAGGAAGAAAGCUCUGUGCUGGAGAACGAACUGAAAGCGGUUGAAGUUGAGGUUAAAGCUCUUGAAGAUGACAAGCUUCAUCUUUUGGACCAGCUCGUUGUGUUGGAGGGUCUGGUUGAUCCUUCUGGACCGUAAUUGCAUCGAUGCAUGUUUGUCUGUCGGCUGUGUAAUUACGCGGUAUCAUCCUUGGUCUUGGGGGAAUCACAUUGUCAUUAAGGACUUUACACUCUCCAGUGAAUAGAAAACAUUAACAUGGUCUCUGCUAUGCUAGAAUUGCUUUUGUUAAUUAGAAUCACUGGGAUAUAACUUAUGUACAAGCAAGCAGCUAUUAUGUUUCUCUGGUUGCUUAGCUUGUGAGGCCUGCGGAAUCUGGUGACGGGUUGUGCAUGAUCUGUGAGUAAUUUGCUCACUGGUUCUGCAUUUGUCGAUUUCAGCAUCUUAUCUUUAGUGUUUGGAAUUCGCUACGUCUCUAGAGUUAGCGUGUCUUGGGAGAGGUUUCUUCUUAAGCAAAUGGCUGGUACCUCUGUCGUCUCUUUUGUCCAGGUUUUGGUUGCCAUGGUGAUGAGAGCUGCUGCAAACAGUUGCCCUUUACAGGCCAUCCAUCAUCAAAGCAGUCGUGUGAAUUGUGGAGACUGGAUAUUGUAUACAUGCUUGUAUCUUUGACAAUUUAUGUGCAAGUUCAUACUUUUUUCAUUAUAGUGUUGCAGGAGCUGAGAUUUCAAGUCUGUCUCUUCAGAUCCUGCUAACACUGGAGAUAGUCUUUCUUUU